CAGUCGACAUUUGACGCUUCACGAGUCCGGAGGCGCGCGCGACAGUCAUUGAAUAAUAACAUUUAUUUGACCGCAAAUAGAUUCAACAGCGGCAAUAUGUCUAAUGAGACUUACUUCGUGGGUGUGGAUGUGGGUACUGGCAGUGCUCGAGCGGCACUAGUUGCAGCUGAUGGUCGUGUGGAGCAGCAAGCGGUGCAAGAAAUAAAGACUUGGACACCGGAGCCACACUACUACGAGCAGUCAACGGACGACAUUUGGCAGGCGAUAUGCAAGGUGGUGAAGCAAGUGAUUGCCGGUAUCAACAAGUCUCAAGUCAAGGGCAUUGGCUUUGAUGCCACCUGUUCACUGGUAAUACUGGGGACAGAUGGCGCUCCAUUGACAGUAAGCAAGAAUGGUGCAGUCGAGCAGAAUGUCAUACUGUGGAUGGAUCAUCGUGCGGAAAAGGAAACGGCGAAGAUUAAUGAGAGCAAGCAUGCCUUGUUGCGUUAUGUGGGCGGUCAGGUGUCGCUGGAAAUGGAGAUGCCCAAGUUGCUAUGGCUAAAGCGGCAUCUGCCUAAUACAUAUAAUGGCAUAUGGCGCGCAUUUGAUCUGCCAGACUUUCUAACCUGGCGUGCAACGGGCGUGGACACCAGAUCACUAUGCUCCGUGGUCUGCAAGUGGAACUAUGAUGCAGCUGCACACAACUGGAACGAGGACUUUCUACGUGCUGCGGAUCUGCAAGAGCUGGCAAGUAAAAAGUUCGCAGCCAUUGGUAGCGAUGUGCAGCCACCUGGCAAACCGGUGGGCAAAGGUCUAAGCCCACAAGCAGCUACCGAGCUAGGCCUGGCAGUGGGCACAGUGGUUAGCACAUCGCUUAUUGAUGCGCAUGCCGGUGCCUUGGGCAUGUUGGGCUGCCGCGCCGACAACAAUGAAGAUGCUGUUGAUGACGUGCAGGGCAAGAUGGCGCUUAUAGCGGGAACCUCCACCUGUCACAUGAGCAUAACGCGCACUGCUUGCUUUGCGGAGGGCGUGUGGGGUCCUUAUCAGGAUGCCAUAAUUCCUGGCUACUUUUUGAACGAAGGUGGUCAAUCUAUUGCUGGUCAUCUGCUGGAUCAUGUGCUCAAGACUCAUGAGAGCUAUGCUGCGCUGAAAGAGCAACUGGUGGAGGACAAAUAUAUUUACCUGCAUUUGAAUAAAUUGCUCAAUCAGUUGGCCCAAGAGCGUGGCCUUAGCAAUGUCAGCUGCCUGACUCAGGAUGUGCAUGUCUGGCCGGACCUGCAUGGCAAUCGUUCACCUGUAGCUGAUCCAACACUACGUGGCAUAUUGACUGGUCUGGACAUGACGCGCGGCGUGCAGUCGUUGGCCAUUAAAUAUUUGGCAUUUACCCAGGCGCUAGCUUAUGGCACGCGUCAUAUUAUCGAGAAUCUCUAUCAGCACAAGCGCGCACCAUUCCAUACGCUGCUCUUCUGCGGUGGCCUGGCCAAGAACCCGCUCUAUGUACAGUGCCAUGCCGAUAUUUGCAAUUUGCCAGCACUUAUACCUGAUGAACAGGAAAUGGUGCUAGUGGGUGCUGCAGCAUUGGGUGCAGCUGCUGCAGGAUACUACAAGAGCUUGGAGAGUGCCUCGAAAGCUAUGGGUGGCACUGGUCAGCUGCUGCCUCCAAAUCCUCAGACUGUGGAGCUGCACAAUCGCAAAUACAAAGUGUUCCUCAAGCUCUUGGAGCAUCAACGGCAGUACAGAGAGAUUAUGCAAGGAGCUUAGAUUGCUUAACUUUUGGCUUGUUAAAACUUUAAGCAAAUUUUUAUAAAUAAUUGUAAAACUGCACACGUAACGUAAAUGAUGAUGUUUGA